AUGGAAUACAAUCGAUUUAGUACUAGUGGAAACUUUUCCAUCCAGGAACAUGUUACUCCAGGUUUGAGGAGACUUUGACGAAAGAUUUGUCUUUUUUUUUUUUGCAGCAAACUUUUGGAUUUACAUCCUCGAACUGUUCUUUUGUUUCAUCGCAAUUCCAGUCAAUAUCAUAUUCGCUGUGAUUCUGUUCCGUACAUCAACUAUUCACAGAGUGAGUUGCUCUCAGAUAUUAUCAAAUUACCGAUUUGUUCAGAACCUCCGUAUCCUUCUAAUCAGCACUUGCACUGCUGAUUCCCUUUACGCCCUCUCCAGAUACCUCAUUCUCAUUCCACUCCUGAUUGCAUAUCUGUACAAUCAAAACAUUUCAAGUAAGUUUGAGUUUUAAGUUUACCCUAACCUUUCCAAAUGCCAUUUCUAAGGUGUCACUUAUUGCUGGCUGGCCAAAUCCUUCCAUCACUGGGUCCUCGCCGCCCCCGGAGUCACCUUCUUCGUGGUCAUUUUGGAGAGGACCCUUGCCUCCUAUCUCUACAGAAACUAUGAAACCGACGAUUGCUAUCAGAUGGGCUUCAUUCUGACCGGGGUUCAAUGGACGUACGCACUCAUCGUAGUGGUCGCCAAUCAGGUGGACAUGGCCGCGAACCUUCCUAAUCCCUACUCGCGACUUCCCUGUCAAACUGAGUACUCGACGAGCAGAUGCAUCUUUUUCUUCGUCGGUGUUGCUGUCGUUCUCAAUAUUAUUGCAGUUUUUGUAAGUUUCCGAAUCACUCUGCCCGUUGGGAUAAUAUAAUUUCAGUUGUUCUUCAAAGUGGUCAAAUUCAACAGAACUCUCUUCCGUCAGAGGAGCUGGAAACUGAAGAAUUUGACGGAAACUUAUCAGGUUUGAAAGUUUCGACGUUUCGUUAUUUUAAAUUGAUUUCCUGGUCAGAUCUGCGAAAAUGUGAAGUCGCUCAGCUUGCUGCUCCCGGUCCUAGUGGUUAUGCUCAUCGGAAACGUUAUCACAAUAAUACUCGUAUCCAUAAACUCUUUAGUUUAUCUUGCAGUGCGGGAAACUCCCGAAAAAGAGAGAAUUGCCUUCAUGACGCAAAUAACGGGCCGAGGUUCGAGAGUGGCUUUUAGAAGGGAAGUAAACAACACGAUGAUUUUCAGGAAACGAGAUCGCACAAUCAUAUGACAUUGCUGCGAUAUUAUCGAAGAUUGCGUUCUGCUAUGCGAUCAGAUCCCACCCGGAACUCUAUAAAAGAUGGCGUUCAAUGUUUUGCCGCGUGAGAAUCAGCCCGAAAACGGAUCGAAUUGUGACGGGCGUCGACGGAACCAAGUUGACAUUCACCGUCAUUGUGAGUGGAGUAACCUUAAAAGCUCAAAAAAAGAGAAUCAAGUCAAAUCGAAUCAUAUUUUGAUUGACCAUGAGCGAUAAAUUUGCGUAGCUUAUCGAGUUUAGUUCCUCGUGAAACACAGUGAGUCAUCCUCCCGAAUCGUUCCUUUUGCAGGAAGAAACACAACAUCAUUUUGACUCUCUCGCCGAGGUUUGGAGUUGAGUGACUGACCACAAUUCGGAACCACAUUCCACCUGUUUUCGCUCGUUUCCUUUUUUCUUCGUUCAUAAACGAUUAUUCAUUUCCUCAUGCCUUUUUAUAAGAGAAUAGAAGUGGUAAGCUAUAUUUGUAGUUUCUGUCAGAUAAUUAACCCUGUGCUCAGUAAAAAGUAAGAAAACCAGUGUUCCGGAACUAUACAUUUCUUGGUGCUUCAUCAUUAAACUUCCUAUUUUGCUCCAGUUUUUAAUCAUUAAAACACUCAGUUUUGCAAUUGGUUUCUUAUCGGAUUGCGACGUUUCAUACCGAGAAAACGGCAAUUUUCAGUCUGUGUACUGCCCUUUUCUUGGAAAGAUUAUAGCGUACUUGGCAAGGUAAUCUCAUUUCAGUCUCCACUUGUGCCAAAGAUGACUGACCAUGAGGACGGGGUGUCCAAUAUUCAUUUCUAGUUGGACUCAUUCGUAUCUUUUUGUUUGUCUGCCUUGAUUUUUUCUGGGGGCACAGUGGAGAGAGGAAGAAAGUUCGGCCCUCGUCUCGAGAACUGUCGGCUGCUUAUUUCGCCGGCCGGCGGCACGCUCCCCAAGCCUUUUUCCGCGCACCAAAACUUCUGAUGCGUGCUGUUUGAAGAAGACUGAUUCAUUUUUCCUAAUUUUUUGGGAGUGAGUUCAUUAUGAUUGAAACUCGCAAGCAGCAACGAGAAACUCGCAGAAAUGUCUAGGAGUGCCUGCCAAAACACCUUCUUGCAAAAUAUGACUGCUCGUGCGUGCUUUUUGUGUCUCUUUGUUAGUUUACAUCAUAAUGAACACGUUCCCAAAAAAUCAAGUGAAAUGAAUCAGUAUUCGUCCGACGCACGCAUCUGAAGUCUCAAAACAGCCAAGGAGCGCGCGCUCUCCUUCUUCUGUGCGCCAAAACUUCAGAUGCGUGCCGUCGGACGAAUACUGAGAAAAAUCUGAAAAACCUGUUGGCCGCAGGAUCAGGGACUAGAAACCUCCGCGAGACAUCAUUCCUGGGAAACUCUUCCGUUCAUUUCCAGGUCCAAUCUCAAAUGACUCGUUCCCCUUCUAUUCCAUUCUUCUCUCGCAAUGUCCUCUUCUGAAACAUCUCAAUACAUGCGAUACUCACUCGGAAACUUCACGCCGGCCGAAAUGGUCACCGACGGAAACUUUUGAUCUAUGCAAUUGAGCUGGUGCUGCUUCUGAUCGGAGUCGUUGAGAACGUUGUGCUCAUCGGAGCAGUGCUUUCGACGAGUUGUUUGCACUUGGUAGCACUUUCUCACAUGCUCCUCUUAAUUAAUGUGUUCUUUCAGAAUCUCCGUAUUCUCCUCUGCAACUGUUGUCUCGGCUUCAUUCUGAUGGCCCUCGGAAGGUCGAUGAUAGCAGUGCCACUGUGCAUUUCUCACCUGAAUAACGUGGACGUUUCAAGUUCAUUUUCAAUUGUCUACACUACACUGAAUCAUUUCUUCUGUUUCCAGGUCAUGCGUGGUGCUACGUGGCAAAUGCGGUGCACCACUCCUCGGCUGACUCGGUCUGUCUUUCCUUCGUAUUUAUCAUGCUCGAAAGAACAGCUGGCACGAUUUGGUCGAAGGACUACGAGAAGACGAGAAUACACGUGUUCCCGUGCAUUUUCGCCCUUCUCCAGGUACUUGUUUCUACUAAAAAUCCUAAAAAACUUUUACGUUCAGUGGCUCAUUCCGAUGUCAAUGAUUCUGGGCAACUUCCUGGACCGUGACAACCGAAUGCAAGUGUUUCUCGACUAUCCGCACUUGCCAUGUCAAAUAGAAUAUCUCACUCCGACCAUGUUUCUCAUCACAAUGGCUCUCAUUUUCGCGGGAUUCAUAGCGAGCAUAGUGGUAGGCACUCUGCACUUUAUUGUCAAUUGUCAGUAUGAUUCAGGGAAUGUCCAUGAUUUAUAGAAAAACAUUAAAAAGUACACGAAACGAGAGAUAUGGUUCACGAAUGUGAAUCUGAGCGAACGGUAUCAAAUAUCAGAGAACAUCCGAUCGACGCAUUUCCUCUUCCCGCUUCUCACUCUCAUGCUGAUCUUCUCAACUUUGUCCGUUUCCGUGCUAGUCUAUGGAUCCUACUGGGUUGGAGUCAUGACGAAGGAACCUUCUAGAUUCGAAGAAGUCGUCAAAUGGUUCGGAAGAGGUCAGUUUGUCAAAAGGCGCGCGCACUCAAAGAUCAUUACAGGCGCGGAAGCCGCUCAACUAUUCGACCUAAUCACCGCCGUCUACACGAUCAGUUUCCCGAUCUGCGCCUUCAAAUGCCAUCCCAAUCUGUAUCGACGUCUUCGGCGGGCGAUCGGAUGGAAUAGCUACGCGAUCCGGCCGUUGGGUCUCAACGAGAUGUCCGGAUUCGAGAUGGCGACGGCUCCGAUCCGCACGCAGACUGAAUACCAUUUCCAAGAACUGGGAAGGCUGUGGAAUAGCUAA